AUGUAUAGUCAACAGCACGAAGAGGUUCCGUCUUCACGUCAUCAAACGACGGGCAGAAACGAAUAUCACAGCCCUGGACGUGGCGAAUAUUCACCUCCACUCUCCGACGCUUAUUACACUGCUACGCCUCCAUUUCAAACGGGUCAUAUACCCCCUCAUCCCAUGUACCCUCCACCUUCACGACAUUACCUUCCAUAUCACAACAUACCGCCACCACAAGUUCCACACCCGGACGAAUAUUCGGACCAAAGUUCAAAGAAGCCUGAUAUCGUGAACGUCACCAAUUCCACCGGUAUCCCAGAGAAUACAAAAAACAAGACUCCGAAUGCCUUGAAGAAUUCGACAUCACAGACUUUGAAUAGCAAAGCAAAAUUCAAGAAAGAGCGUUUCGGGUUCUUUGACUCACAAGCAAUAGAAGAGGAUGACAAGAGGUACGCCUGUUCAAUAUUUUCUUUGAAUAUGAUCAUCGGAGAUUUACCCUUUAGCACCGAGUCGGCGUUGCUAUACUCCCUAAUAGUUUGUCAACAACCUCUACGUGCUCGUAUGUGCGGCUUCGGCGAGAAAGAUCGACGACCGAUCGACCCUCCGCCGAUUGUGCAGCUGGUCGUUAACGACGAUAAAGGAAAUCUCGAUACAAGUGCGGGUUUAAGCAUGCUUCAAAAUCCUUUUUUCGUGCUUCACGUCACGUUAUGGUCUGAAGAUUGUAAGGAAGAACGAAAUGUGAUAAGCAAUCCUCCGAAAACCACAAGAGUGCUCAUGGGUUCAUUGGUUUCAUCACCUGCUAUAUUAAAGAAUACCACCGGUGAUGCCGGAUGCUACUUUUGUUUUCCCGAUCUCUCCAUACGAACAGAAGGCAAAUAUACGCUAAAGUUUUCAUUGAUGAAAUUGGGGAGCGAAGAUCGACUGAUAAGUACGAGAACGGAAAUAAUCGCCACAACAUUUUCCGAUCCAUUUACAGUAUAUUCGGCGAAAAAGUUCCCUGGUAUGACAGAAUCCACUGAGCUUUCAAAAGCUUUUGCGAAGCAAGGACUAAAGAUCCCUAUUAGGAAUGAUGUGAGACCUAGAAAGGUCGCCGAGGAUUGA